UUCACACGAGGAAAGAGCCAGUGUCCUUCCAGAGCUCCCUGGAUGCUUCCGGAGAGGGAACACUGAGCCGUUUCCGCCGCCAUUGCGGAUUUCAGAGAGAAGAUCAGCCGUAGCUGCCGCUAUCCAUCGAUGCUGUGCAGAAAGCAUACACAAAAGGAAGACAAAUUUAACAUUUUCACGAGUAUCAGAUUUCGGAAACACAACUAAAAACACGCCAUAGUGAUUUUCCUUCUCGCCGUGCAGCCGUUUUCACUGACUGGCUCCGACCUACACUCUCAGUGAAGAGGUCGUAGCUAGCGCGGUGCUAACUGCCGAGCUAGCUAGCUGUACGGCUAGAAUUUCAGGACUCCGGAGAAGCUCAAGAAAUCACCAUGGCUCAAAUCCUGCCUAUCCGCUUCCAGGAGCACCUGCAGCUCCAGAACUUGGGGAUCAACCCAGCCAACAUUGGCUUCAGCACUCUCACCAUGGAGUCUGACAAGUUCAUCUGCGUGAGGGAGAAAGUGGGUGAGCAGGCCCAGGUUGUCAUCAUUGACAUGGCCGAUCCCAACAACCCCAUCCGCCGGCCCAUCUCUGCCGACAGCGCCAUCAUGAACCCCGCCAGCAAAGUUAUCGCCCUUAAAGACGCUGCAAAGACCCUGCAGAUCUUUAACAUUGAGAUGAAAAGCAAGAUGAAGGCUCACACCAUGACAGACGACGUGACUUUCUGGAAGUGGAUCUCUCUCAACACCGUGGCCCUGGUCACAGACAACGCCGUGUACCACUGGAGCAUGGAGGGCGAUUCUCAACCAAUCAAAGUGUUUGACCGCCACUCCAGCCUGGCAGGCUGCCAGAUCAUCAACUACCGUACUGACGCCAAACAGAAGUGGUUGCUCCUCAUUGGUAUCUCAGCUCAGCAAAAUCGUGUUGUUGGUGCCAUGCAGUUGUACUCUGUGGACAGGAAGGUCUCCCAGCCUAUUGAAGGCCAUGCUGCUGGCUUUGCACAAUUUAAGAUGGAGGGCAACACCGAAGAAUCGACUCUGUUCUGCUUUGCUGUGCGGGGACAAGCAGGAGGAAAACUUCAUAUUAUUGAAGUCGGAACCCCGCCAAGUGGAAACCAACCAUUCCCCAAAAAAGCCGUGGAUGUUUUCUUUCCUCCGGAAGCACAGAACGACUUCCCUGUUGCUAUGCAGAUCAGCUCCAAGCAAGAUGUCGUUUUUCUCAUCACAAAGUACGGCUACAUCCACCUGUAUGAUCUGGAGACUGGAACUUGCAUCUACAUGAACCGGAUCAGCGGGGAGACCAUUUUUGUCACUGCCCCACAUGAACCCACUGCUGGGAUUAUUGGAGUUAACAGGAAAGGACAGGUGCUUUCGGUGUGUGUGGAGGAAGAAAAUAUAAUCCCAUACAUCACCAACGUGCUCCAGAACCCAGACCUGGCUCUACGCAUGGCUGUACGCAACAACCUUGCUGGUGCCGAGGAACUAUUCGCUCGCAAGUUUAACACCCUGUUUGCUGCAGGAAAUUACUCGGAAGCAGCCAAGGUGGCGGCCAAUGCCCCUAAGGGCAUCCUGCGGACUCCAGACACCAUUCGGAGGUUCCAAAGUGUUCCAGCACAACCGGGCCAGACUUCUCCUUUGCUCCAGUACUUCGGCAUCCUGCUGGACCAAGGCCAGCUCAAUAAGUUUGAGUCUCUGGAGCUCUGCAGGCCUGUUCUUCAGCAGGGCCGCAAGCAGCUACUGGAGAAAUGGCUGAAGGAGGAUAAGCUGGAAUGUUCUGAGGAGCUCGGAGACCUGGUGAAGUCUGUCGAUCCCACUCUGGCCCUCAGUGUGUAUCUCAGAGCAAAUGUCCCAAAUAAAGUCAUCCAGUGCUUUGCAGAGACCGGACAGUUUCAGAAGAUCGUUCUUUAUGCCAAGAAGGUGGGCUACACACCAGACUGGAUCUUCUUGUUGAGGAACGUUAUGCGGAUCAGUCCAGAGCAAGGUCUCCAGUUCUCCCAGAUGCUGGUUCAGGAUGAGGAACCUCUUGCUGAUAUUACACAGAUUGUUGACGUGUUUAUGGAGUACAACCUGAUCCAGCAGUGCACCUCAUUCUUACUAGAUGCUCUAAAAAACAACAGACCCAUGGAAGGACCGCUGCAGACACGUUUACUGGAAAUGAACUUGGUUCAUGCUCCACAGGUGGCAGACGCCAUCCUUGGCAAUCAGAUGUUCACCCACUACGACCGCGCCCAUGUGGCACAGCUGUGUGAGAAGGCUGGCCUCCUGCAGAGGGCACUGGAGCAUUACACAGACCUGUAUGACAUAAAGCGAGCCGUGGUGCACACACACCUUCUCAACCCAGAGUGGUUGGUGAAUUUCUUCGGCUCCCUCUCAGUGGAGGACUCACUGGAGUGCCUGAGAGCCAUGCUGUCGGCCAACAUCCGCCAGAACCUGCAGAUCUGUGUGCAGGUGGCUUCAAAGUACCAUGAACAGCUCACUACUCAGUCCCUCACUGAGCUCUUUGAGUCAUUCAAGAGCUUUGAAGGAUUAUUCUACUUCCUGGGUUCUAUAGUGAACUUUAGUCAAGAUCCAGAGGUCCACUUCAAAUAUAUUCAAGCUGCCUGCAAAACCGGCCAGAUUAAGGAGGUGGAGAGAAUCUGUCGAGAGAGUAACUGCUACGACCCGGAGCGGGUGAAGAACUUCCUGAAGGAGGCUAAACUUACUGACCAGCUUCCUUUAAUCAUUGUAUGCGACCGCUUUGAUUUUGUCCAUGACCUGGUCCUCUACCUGUAUCGCAACAGCCUUCAGAAAUACAUCGAGAUCUACGUCCAGAAGGUGAACCCAAGUCGUCUGCCAGUGGUCAUCGGAGGUUUAUUGGACGUGGAUUGUGCUGAGGAUGUGAUUAAGAACCUGAUAAUGGUGGUCAGGGGGCAGUUUUCCACGGAUGAACUUGUUGCUGAAGUAGAGAAAAGAAAUCGUCUGAAGUUGCUGCUGCCCUGGUUGGAGGCUCGUAUCCAUGAAGGCUGCGAGGAACCCGCUACCCACAAUGCUUUGGCCAAGAUCUACAUCGACAGCAACAACAACCCUGAGCGCUUUCUAAGGGAGAACCCUUUCUACGACAGCCGUGUCGUGGGCAAAUACUGCGAGAAAAGAGAUCCCCACCUGGCCUGCGUGGCUUACGAAAGAGGACAGUGUGACCAGGAACUUAUUCAUGUGUGCAAUGAAAACUCGCUGUUCAAGAGUCUGUCCCGCUAUCUUGUACGACGCAAGAACCCUGAGCUGUGGGCGAGUGUCCUGCUGGAGACCAACAACUACAGAAGACCCCUUAUUGACCAGGUGGUCCAGACAGCAUUAUCAGAGACUCAGGAUCCAGAGGAAGUAUCCGUCACAGUGAAGGCUUUCAUGACGGCCGACCUGCCCAAUGAGCUCAUUGAGCUGCUGGAAAAGAUUGUGCUGGACAAUUCUGUCUUCAGUGAGCACAGAAACCUGCAGAACCUGCUCAUUCUGACGGCCAUUAAAGCUGACCGAACUCGUGUUAUGGAGUACAUCAAUCGCCUUGACAACUACGAUGCCCCAGACAUAGCAAAUAUUGCCAUCAGUAACGAGCUGUUUGAGGAGGCCUUUGCAAUUUUCCGGAAGUUUGACGUCAACACCUCUGCUGUUCAGGUUCUGAUUGAGCACAUUGGAAACUUGGACAGGGCAUAUGAAUUUGCCGAGCGUUGCAAUGAGCCUCCAGUAUGGAGUCAGCUGGCCAAGGCCCAGCUGCAGAAGGGAAUGGUCAAGGAAGCCAUCGACUCCUACAUCAAGGCUGACGACCCAUCUGCUUACAUGGAGGUGGGACAGGCUGCAGCCCAAAGUGGAAACUGGGAGGAUCUGGUAAAGUUCUUGCAGAUGGCUCGCAAGAAGGCUCGGGAGUCGUAUGUUGAGACAGAGCUGAUCUUCGCUUUGGCCAAAACCAAUCGUCUGGCGGAGCUGGAAGAGUUCAUCAACGGUCCCAACAACGCUCACAUUCAGCAAGUGGGCGAUCGUUGUUAUGACGACAAGAUGUACGAAGCGGCCAAGCUGCUUUACAACAACGUCUCCAACUUUGGCCGUCUGGCCUCCACGUUGGUGCAUUUGGGAGAAUACCAGGCAGCCGUAGACGGAGCACGCAAAGCCAACAGCACCCGCACCUGGAAGGAGGUGUGUUUCGCCUGUGUAGAUGGGAAGGAGUUCCGUCUUGCCCAGAUGUGCGGUCUGCACAUAGUCGUCCAUGCCGACGAGCUGGAGGAACUAAUCAACUACUACCAGGACCGUGGUUACUUUGAGGAGCUGAUCACCAUGCUUGAGGCCGCUCUGGGUCUGGAACGCGCCCACAUGGGAAUGUUCACUGAGCUGGCCAUCCUCUAUUCCAAGUUUAAGCCGCAGAAAAUGAGGGAACACCUGGAGCUCUUCUGGUCCCGCGUCAACAUUCCUAAAGUUCUCAGGGCAGCUGAGCAGGCCCACCUCUGGGCCGAGCUGGUAUUCCUCUAUGACAAGUAUGAGGAAUAUGACAACGCCAUCAUCACCAUGAUGAACCAUCCAGCUGACGCCUGGAAGGAGGGUCAGUUCAAAGACAUUGUCACCAAGGUGGCGAAUGUAGAGCUGUACUACAAGGCCAUCCAGUUUUAUCUGGAGUUCAAGCCGUUGUUACUGAACGACCUGCUCAUCGUGCUCUCACCCCGGUUGGACCACACCCGGGCCGUGAUCUUCUUCAGCAAGAUGAAGCAGCUGCCUCUCGUUAAAACUUACCUGCGGUCGGUCCAGAAUCACAACAACAAGGCAGUAAAUGAGGCACUCAACAACCUCUUCAUUAAUGAGGAAGACUACGCGGCUCUGCGAACAUCCAUCGACGCAUACGAUAACUUCGACAACAUCUCACUGGCUCAGAGCCUGGAGAAACACGAACUGAUUGAAUUCAGGAGGAUUGCAGCUUAUCUUUUCAAGGGCAACAACCGCUGGAAGCAGAGCGUCGAGCUCUGCAAGAAGGACAAGCUCUACAAGGACGCCAUGCAGUAUGCCUCAGAGUCCAAAGACACGGAGCUGGCCGAGGAGCUCUUGGCCUGGUUCCUGUACGAAGACAAAAAGGAGUGUUUCGCCGCCUGCCUGUUCACCUGCUACGACCUGCUGCGGCCAGACGUGGUGCUGGAAACUGCCUGGCGACACAACAUCAUGGACUUCUCCAUGCCAUACUUCAUCCAGGUCAUGAGGGAGUAUCUGUCUAAGGUUGAUGCGAUAAAGGAAAAGGUGGACAAACUCGAAGCCUCUGAGUCUCUGAGGAAACAGGAGGAGCAGGCCACGGAGUCUCAACCCAUUGUUUACGGCACACCGCAGCUGAUGCUAACAGCAGGGCCCAACAUGGCCGUGCCUCCUCAGCAGGCGUAUGGCUACGGCUACACGGGGGCUCCAGCCUACGGCCAGCCGCCACAGCCCAGCUUUGGUUACAGCAUGUGAACGCCCGACCUCCCACCCGAUACAGUCCAACCUCCCAUCUGUCCUCCUUUUUGUUCCUCACCAGCUUCCCAUGGUCUUCUACUCACUGCAAGGGCCACAAGCAAGCAACAGCCCACUGUUGUUUUGAGUAUUAGUAUUUUUUUCCCUUUUUUUUUUUCCUUUUUUUUUUUUUAGAUCAUCCUGUUAUAGGAGAAAAUAUUCUACAGCACUGAAGGACAUUUAUUUGUAUUGUUUGAAAGUUGUUGGACCACCUGUUUUUUCACAUUCCGUAUUUAUAACAACUUAUUUAGACUUUUUGUUUUUACGUUUUGUCUCGUUUUUCUAUUGGUUUGUGAAGAAGUGGACUUGCUAAAGCUCAGCAUUGAACCUUUGAAGUAGGUGGAGGAGCAUCGGAUUUUGCACUCAUGAAGAAAUUAAUGUAGACAAGCUCUUACUUUUGAUGUACUGAACAUGUGAACAGCCUCCAUUGUCUUGUCUGUAAAUGCAUUUCAUUAUUGUAUAUUCUGAGGAGAAAAAAAGGUUACAUAUAAUAUUAAAUAUUGCCAUUUCAAUGGCUCUAGCUAGCAACACUAAGUAAUGAUAGUAUAUUCUGCACAGGCGUGUAGCUUUAUGGAGUUUUAAAUGCAUACAGACGUAUGUCACUGUGUGACUGAGGGUGUUAGUGUGUGUGUGUGUCUGACCCGAGGGUCUGACCAAUAAUUUUAAGCCUCCUCCCAGCCUGAACAGGCCCGUUCACUCCAUCCUCCUAGAUGUUGGCUCUUCUUUGGCUCCAUAUAUUGAGGUGACCUCUUGUGCCGUGUACAGUGCUUGUGUGAGACUGUGUCUGUGUAUGUGCAAGGACGAGACCACGGCCACCAAACCCCAGGGUCCCUAACCGUACUGUGUGUGCGUGUGUAUGUAUGCGUGUGUGUGUGUAUUUACUCCGAAACUUCCUCUUACUGAGGUCUGUGUAUGCCAGGUUGUUGUGCUGUUUCCCUCGGUCACCGUUACCUCUUUUUGUUUUGUUUUUUUUUUGUUUUUUUGCGUGUACAGAUGUGAACAUGACGAACUGAAAACUUCUAGCUGGAGACUCUACCUAUUCGCCCCCCACCCACUCUUCUCUUUGUUCGUCUUUAUGGCGAACAAAGAGGGAAGAAGGUGGGCGGGUGGAACCCGUGGCGUUCUAAUGACGGUUUAAUGAAGAUCCGUAACACUCCUGUAGGUUGUGUGUUUAGAUUUAAGAUGAAGAAAAAAAUGGCUCUUUGUCAAGAAGGGUCGUGAGUUGGAGCCUCUUAUCACCCUUGAUGUACUUAACUUCCUUCCAUGCUUUAAGCUGUGUGUGKAAAGUGUCAUCCUAACCCGAACAUAAGUUUGAUUCCUUUCUGUUGUCAUGCAUAAUAGUAGUUAAGGGGAUCUGUCAUGGAUACAUGGAAGAUUAUGACCUAACUGAAAGGGAAGUACUAUCCUGAAUAAAAAUGAAAUUAGACUCCA